CGUAUGUCAUGAUUGGUCCACGGUUUUCGCGGAUUUGAUAGUAGAAUUCGGCAGACAGAACAAGUUAUUGUAGUCGUCGUCUGCCGCGGGAACUGCAGGAAGCACACCAGCAAUCAUGGAUUAUGCAAACGGUCACCCAGUUGACAAUGACACGUGGGAGUCUCACAACAAAAUGAUGCUGGAACCGCUAUGUACCAAUGAUCCUGAGGUGUUUGAAAUCAUCAAGAAUGAAAAAAGAAGGCAGACGAAUGGGCUGGAACUCAUCGCCUCAGAGAAUUUCACCAGUCGGGCUGUUUUGGAAGCUUUGGGCUCUUGCAUGAACAACAAAUACUCAGAGGGUUACCCUGGCCAAAGGUAUUAUGGAGGCACCGAGCAUGUUGAUGAGCUGGAAUUGUUGUGUCAGAAGAGAGCUUUGGAAGUCUACGGCCUUGACUCCGAUAAAUGGGGGGUCAAUGUUCAGCCAUACUCAGGGUCGCCGGCAAACUUUGCUGUAUACACAGCCUUAGUAGAACCCCAUGGCAGAAUUAUGGGCCUUGACCUUCCAGACGGAGGUCACCUCACACAUGGCUUCAUGACUGACAAAAAGAAAAUUUCAGCAACCUCCAUAUUCUUUGAAUCUAUGCCAUACAAGGUCAACCCGGAUACUGGUUACAUCGACUAUGAUCGCCUGCAGGAAAAUGCCCGCCUUUUUCAUCCAAAAAUGAUCAUUGCAGGCACAAGCUGUUACUCACGCAACCUAGAUUAUGCGCGCAUGCGGAAGAUAGCGGAUGAGAACGGAGCGUAUCUACUGGCGGACAUGGCCCACAUCAGUGGCCUGGUUGCAGCCGGAGUGGUGCCCUCUCCCUUUGAGCACUGCGACAUUGUGACCACCACCACACACAAGACUCUCCGAGGCUGCAGAUCGGGAGUCAUCUUCUACAGGAGGGGGGUACGCAGUGUCGACCCAAAGAGUGGCAAGGAGACCAUGUACAACCUGGAGAGCCCGAUCAACCAGGCUGUAUUUCCAGGGCUGCAAGGGGGUCCCCACAACCACGCCAUUGCAGGAGUUGCGGUGGCACUGAAACAGGCCCUAACCCCAGAGUUCAAGGUCUACCAGAGACAGGUGCUGUUAAACUGCAGAGCUCUGGCAUCCACACUGAUGAAUAAGGGCUAUAAGAUUGUGACAGGUGGCUCUGACAAUCACCUUAUCUUGCUUGACCUUCGACCCAAGGGCAGUGAUGGAGGGAGGGCAGAGAAGGUCCUGGAGGCGUGUGCUAUUGCCUGCAACAAAAAUACGUGCCCAGGAGACAAAAGUGCCCUGCGGCCCAGCGGCCUGCGCUUCGGCUCACCGGCCCUCACCUCCCGGGGGCUCGUGGAGGAGGACUUCUGUCAAGUUGCCGAGUUCAUCCACAGAGGCAUUGAGCUCACCAUUGAGAUCCAGACCAGCAUGAACCCCAAGGCCACUCUGAAAGAGUUCAAGGAGACACUGGCCCAAAGUGAGAAGUUCCAAAUGAAAGUGAAAGAGAUAAAGGAAGAGGUUGAGGCUUUUGGUGGCAAGUUCCCCAUGCCUGGACUUCCACAGUUGUAAAAGUGCUCUUGUUCUGUCAUUUCUGACUUGUUUUCUCCCUUGGUCAUAGCAUUUACAUUUCAUAUGACAUUGAUAUAAGGCAAUAAUGGGUUCUGUUCCUCUGUCCUUUAAUCAGGGGUUGGAUGACAAUACAUUUGAAUACAUAAUUCAUACAUUUGAAUUGUUAGGAGUCUAUUCAUUUUCCCCAGUGUUUGUGUACAUUGCAUAGAAAGCAAGGCGCAUGGCAACAAACAGGCCUGCUGAUUCUGAUAGGUUCAAAAUAUUUGCAGUGCGCUGACUAUGUUUCUGCUAAAAUCCUGCAUUUAAUUAACCAAAUUAAAUUUACACCGACCUUAAUUUCAAA